CAACUUGGCUAAACUGUGAUGUUCAGUCAUUUGGUCAAAUACUAGUCUAGAUGUUACUAUGAAGAUAUUUGUGGGUGUGACUACCAUUUGUAAUCCAUUGGUUCUAAGCAGAUUACUCUCCAUGGAGUGGGUGGACCUCAUCCAAAGAGUUGAAAGCAUUAAGAGCAAAGACUUAGGUUUCCUGAGGAUGACUCAGGUCUGCAUCAAGACUCCAAUGUAGAAACCCUGUCUGAGUUUUCAGCCUGUGGUUCUGCUGUGCAGAUUUCAGACUCAAGACUGCAAUUUCAACUCUUACUUGAAUUUCCAGCCUGCUGGCCUGCCCUACAGAUUUCAGACUUGCCAGCCUUCACAAAACAUAAGCCAAUUCCUUAAAAUAACUCUCUCUCCCUCUCUCUAUAUGUACAUCCUAUGGGUUGUGUUUCUCUGAACAACCUGAUUAAUGUGCUGUAAAGAACACUGUAAAGAGCUGAAAAACUCUGGUCUUGAGAUACUGUGUGGUAUGGUGGAAAACGCAUGGCUCUGAAAUCAUAGACCAGAGUUCACUGGGACAAAUGACUUAUGGUCUUGUAAUCUGAUUCCUCAUCUGUAGAAUCAGGAUAAAAUUACCUGACUUACGUGGCUAUUGCGUUGGGUAAAGUUAAACAUUGUAAGUAGAAUGCCUGUCAUGGUUUUUGGUUCACAGGUGCACAAUAGUAACCAACUAUGUUGAAGGGGGUUACAUUUUUUAGUUAUCUACUUAGUGCUCUGAGUGUCAUUAAAUGAUUUAAUCAACCUGAGUCUCUUAGAUGUUAUUAAAUGUAAUAUAGUUAUUUUAUUUGGCACACAGUAACAUCACACCAAUAUCACCUCCUGGAUGGUUAGAUUUACACAGAAUUCAAACAUUAUUUGAGGUUAGUUCUUGCCACUUAUCUGUGUAAGGUCUAGGGCAAGCGUGUUUCCAUGAGCCUAUUCUCAACUCAGGUACUAAUAAUUACCUCAUGAGGUUUUUGUGAGAAGUAAACGUGAUAACGCAGGAAAACUUGCUCAGUAUAAUCCCAAGCAUAUAGUAGAUGCUCAAUACAUCUACUAGAAGUUGUGGGAGUAAUUUGGAUUUCAAAGAUGAGUUGGAUCAGCUGUACUAAAGGGGAGCUUACAUCAUCUAAUGAAGACAAAAUCCACAAGACCACGUUGGAGGUUAUAGUUCUUUUAAUAGUAGAAAGCAGACAGGUAGAAAAAUAUCCACGUAGGAGGUAUAAAGUUUUAGCAAGAGAAAAGAAACAUGCCAUGGGAAGAUGAUAAAAGGUCUACUUUUGCUCAUUUACCGGAUUACGUGCAUUUGGUAUGUGAUCUCAUCAUCAGUGGAAGUUAUGCAGUGCUUUCAAAGGCCUUCCACCUUGUCAGUGGCUAGUCAUCUCAAAUCAGUAGAAAGGUGGAUGCCCUAAGAACUGAACCAAAGCAAUAAUUUUGCCAGCAGGGGAGAGGUUGUUCAGGCUGAAAUCCCAAAGGCUGGAAUGCAUUAGAAACAAUCAGUUGAUGCUGAAAGCUUUGACCGUUUAGUGAGAAAUGUGACAAAAUGAACACUCAAAUUACAUAUCUAGCUUACAAAACAGGUCAACAGCUCUUUAUCUUUUCUCGCUUUCGAAAAAUCUUAAGUCAACAAACAACACUUUUGGUAGAGGGGCAUGCAGUCUACUUUUUCCCUUUGUCUUCUCAGUAUCAUCCUUUCUCAUUCUUUUCACCCAUACUCUCACUUCUUUCUCAGUCUUGGUUUUUUCCCUUUGUCUCCGGGUCCCCUUCUCACUUCCGAAUUCUCGGCUCCCCUCUCCGCCCCUCGGGCUCGGGAUGGCCCCGGGGCCGCAUCUGCCAGGGGAACGCUGGAGCCUGGCCCCACCGAGGGACUGGCAGUGACGUAGCCAGGAGGACGGUGCUCGCGCGGCCCGCUGACGUCACUGCCGCAGCGGUCUCUAGCGAAACCCAUGAAUGGGAAUUCAAGGAGGGAAAAGCCAGCAGUGACCCCGCGGUCAGGGCUGAGGACGGCGAGUGCGCAGGGCCGGUCCCCCAGCACGUCCUCAGCCGCCGAGGAGCCAUCAGCUUCAGCUCCAGCUCCGCUCUCUUCGGCUGCCCCAAUCCCCGGCAGCUCUCUCAGAGGCGUGGAGCUAUUUCCUAUGACAGUUCUGAUCAGACUGCAUUAUACAUUCGUAUGCUAGGAGAUGUACGUGUAAGGAGCCGAGCAGGAUUUGAAUCAGAAAGAAGAGGUUCUCACCCAUAUAUUGAUUUUCGUAUUUUCCACUCUCAAUCUGAAAUUGAAGUGUCUGUCUCUGCAAGGAAUAUCAGAAGGCUACUAAGUUUCCAGCGAUAUCUUAGAUCUUCACGCUUUUUUCGUGGUACUGCGGUUUCAAAUUCCCUAAACAUUUUAGAUGAUGAUUAUAAUGGACAAGCCAAGUGUAUGCUGGAAAAAGUUGGAAAUUGGAAUUUUGAUAUCUUUCUAUUUGAUAGACUAACAAAUGGAAAUAGUCUAGUAAGCUUAACCUUUCAUUUAUUUAGUCUUCAUGGAUUAAUUGAGUACUUCCAUUUAGAUAUGAUGAAACUUCGUAGAUUUUUAGUUAUGAUUCAAGAAGAUUACCACAGUCAAAAUCCUUACCAUAACGCAGUCCACGCUGCGGAUGUUACUCAGGCCAUGCACUGUUACUUAAAGGAACCUAAGCUUGCCAAUUCUGUAACUCCUUGGGAUAUCUUGCUGAGCUUAAUUGCAGCUGCCACUCAUGAUCUGGAUCAUCCAGGUGUUAAUCAACCUUUCCUUAUUAAAACUAACCAUUACUUGGCAACUUUAUACAAGAAUACCUCAGUACUGGAAAAUCACCACUGGAGAUCUGCAGUGGGCUUAUUGAGAGAAUCAGGCUUAUUCUCACAUCUGCCAUUAGAAAGCAGGCAACAAAUGGAGACACAGAUAGGUGCUCUGAUACUAGCCACAGACAUCAGUCGCCAGAAUGAGUAUCUGUCUUUGUUUAGGUCCCAUUUGGAUAGAGGUGAUUUAUGCCUAGAAGACACCAGACACAGACAUUUGGUUUUACAGAUGGCUUUGAAAUGUGCUGAUAUUUGUAACCCAUGUCGGACGUGGGAAUUAAGCAAGCAGUGGAGUGAAAAAGUAACGGAGGAAUUCUUCCAUCAAGGAGAUAUAGAAAAAAAGUAUCAUUUGGGUGUGAGUCCACUUUGCGAUCGUCACACUGAAUCUAUUGCCAACAUCCAGAUUGGUUUUAUGACUUACCUAGUGGAGCCUUUAUUUACAGAAUGGGCCAGGUUUUCCAAUACAAGGCUAUCCCAGACAAUGCUUGGACAUGUGGGGCUGAAUAAAGCCAGCUGGAAGGGACUGCAGAGAGAACAGUCCAGCAGUGAGGACACUGAUGCUGCAUUUGAGUUGAACUCACAGUUAUUACCUCAGGAAAAUCGGUUAUCAUAACCCCCAGAACCAGUGGGACAAACUGCCUCCUGGAGGUUUUUAGAAAUGUGAAAUGGGGUCUUGAGGUGAGAGAACUUAACUCUUGACUGCCAAGGUUUCCAAGUGAGUGAUGCCAGCCAGCAUUAUUUAUUUCCAAGAUUUCCUCUGCUGGAUCAUUUGAACCCACUUGUUAAUUGCAAGACCCGAACAUACAGCAAUAUGAAUUUGGCUUUCAUGUGAAACCUUGAAUAUGCAAAGCCCAGCAGGAGAGAAUCCGAAAGGAGUAACAAAGGAAGUUUUGAUAUGUGCCACGACUUUUUCAAAGCAUCUAAUCUUCAAAACGUGAAACUUGAAUUGUUCAGCAACAAUCUCUUGGAAUUUAACCAGUCUGAUGCAACAAUGUGUAUCUUGUACCUUCCACUAAGUUCCCUCUGAGAAAAUGGAAAUGUGAAGUGCCCAGCCUCUGCUGCCUCUGGCAAGACAAUGUUUACAAAUCAACUCUGAAAAUAUUGGUUCUAAAUUGCCUUGGAGCAUGAUUGUGAAGGAACCACUUAAACAAAUUUAAAGAUCAAACUUUAGACUGCAGCUUUUUCCCCCUGGUUUGCCUUUUUCUUCUUUGGAUGCCACCAAAGCCUCCCAUUUGCUAUAGUUUUAUUUCAUGCACUGGAAACUGAGCAUUUAUCGUAGAGUACCGCCAAGCUUUCACUCCAGUGCCGUUUGGCAAUGCAAUUUUUUUUAACAAUUAGUUUUUAAUUUGGGGUGGGAGGGGAAGAACACCAAUGUCCUAGCUGUAUUAUGAUUCUGCAGUGAAGACAUUGCAUGUUGUUUUCACUACUGUACACUUGACCUGCACAUGCGAGAAAAAGGUGGAAUGUUUAAAACACCAUAAUCAGCUCAGGGUAUUUGCCAAUCUGAAAUAAAAGUGGGAUGGGAGAGUGUGUCCUUCAGAUCAAGGGUACUAAAGUCCCUUUCGCUGCAGUGAGUGAGAGGUAUGUUGUGUGUGAAUGUAUGGAUGUGUGUUUGCGUGCAUGUUUGUGCAUGUGUGACUGUGCAUGUUAUGUUUCUCCAUGUGGGCAAAGAUUUGAAAUGUAAGCUUUUAUUUAUUAUUUUAGAAUGUGACAUAAUGAGCAGCCACACUCGGGGGAGGGGAAGGUUGGUAGGUAAGCUGUAACAGAUUGCUCCAGUUGCCUUAAACUAUGCACAUAGCUAAGUGACCAAACUUCUUGUUUUGAUUUGAAAAAAGUGCAUUGUUUUCUUGUCCCUCCCUUUGAUGAAACGUUACCCUUUGACGGGCCUUUUGAUGUGAACAGAUGUUUUCUAGGACAAACUAUAAGGACUAAUUUUAAACUUCAAACAUUCCACUUUUGUAAUUUGUUUUAAAUUGUUUUAUGUAUAGUAAGCACAACUGUAAUCUAGUUUUAAGAGAAACCGGUGCUUUCUUUUAGUUCAUUUGUAUUUCCCUUGUUACUGUAAAAGACUGUUUAUUAAUUGUUUACAGUUUGUUGCAACAGCCAUUUUCUUGGGAGAAAGCUUGAGUGUAAAGCCAUUUGUAAAAGGCUUUGCCAUACUCAUUUUAAUAUGUGCCUGUUGCUGUUAACUUUUGAUGAAUAAAAACCUAUCUUUUCAUA